AUUCCCAGCAUCCUCUGCGAGGCUCAAAAUCAUCUAGGUGGCCAGCGCCUCGAGACGACAGGAAAUGUCCGCGGGAGAGUAGAAAGAGAGUCUUGCGGGAAUGGCAACGUCUAAGGAGGGGCCUGAGAGACCGACGGAGCGCCUGGAUAUUGCGCGCGGCCUGGAGAACGUGCCCGUGAGCGCGUGGCCCCCGGGGGCGGAGCCAGAGCCUUUCCAGUAUACUCCUGACCACGUAGCUGGACCUGGAACAGACAUCGAUCCCACACAAAUAACCUUUCCGGGAUGCAUUUGUCUCAAAACCUGCCUCCCUGGUACUUGCUCCUGUCUCCGUCAUGCAGAGAACUAUGAUGAUAAUUCCUGCCUUAUAGAUACAGGAUCCCAAGGCAAGUGUGCCAACCCGGUUUUUGAAUGCAAUAUCCUGUGCCAGUGCAGUGACCAGUGCAAGAACAGAGUGGUCCAGCAAGGUCUACAGUUCCAACUCCAGGUGUUCAAGACGGAUAAAAAAGGCUGGGGACUUCGUACCUUGGAAUUUAUACCAAAAGGACGGUUUGUCUGUGAAUAUGCCGGAGAAGUUUUGGGAUACUCUGAAGUACAGAGAAGAAUUCAGUUACAAACAAUACAGGACCCAAAUUACAUUAUAGCCGUCAGAGAACAUGUUUACAGUGGGCAGGUAAUAGAAACAUUUGUUGAUCCUGCCUCUAUAGGAAAUAUUGGAAGAUUUCUUAACCAUUCUUGUGAGCCAAACCUGUUGAUGAUUCCUGUCCGAAUUGACUCAAUGGUACCCAAGUUGGCACUUUUUGCAGCCAAAGACAUUUUGCCAGAAGAAGAACUCUCUUAUGACUAUUCGGGAAGAUUUCUUAAUUUAAUGGACAGCAAAGACAAAGAAAGGCUAGAUCAAGGGAAAACAAGAAAACCUUGUUAUUGCGGCACCAGGUCGUGUGCUGCUUUCCUCCCUUAUGACAGUUCACUAUACUGCCCCUUAGGAAAGUCAAACAUAAGUUAGGAAUGAAAAAAUUCCUAACCUAAGAGUCAAAAGAGUCUAUUCCAAGUCUUUCCUAAACACUGAGUUAAAUGCAUUUACUUUAUUACCAUGUUUUUAAAAAUGGUGACACUUCUAUUUUUGAGAACAAACAUUAAUAGAUAUGCUUCUGUGUAACUGUUAAUAUAAUAAUAUGUAAACAUUUUAUAAUUAUAAAUUACUGUAAAUUAGAAGGUUAAAAGGUAGCAUAUAUCUUUAUGGAAUUAAAACAUAAAAAUUGGCUUCAAUUUGAAGUCAAUUUCCACUGACUUCAUUGAAACUGGAAAUGUGUACCUUGGAAACAGUUUUGGCCCAAGAGUAAUGAAGAUCAUACUUGGAAAAUUAGGCUUUUCAAAUUGAUUUUUAAUGAUUUUUUAAAAUUCCAAAUUUAUAUUUACAAAUUAUCAGUGGCUAAAUGGAAAUUUUUGCUUUAAUUGGAACUAUUUCCUUCUCCCUCUUAUUCUCAAUAUUAUGUCUCAGUACCAGUUUAGCUCUGAAGCAUAAAGCAGGAGUAGAUUCAGGAUAUCAACGGGAGACUAACUUGGAUAGAACAGAAGAUUUUAAACUCAGGAAGGUCUUGUUGUAAGGGUGGGGGGAGGUGAAACUUGCCCAAAUUGUUUUCAUUCUCCUGAGUGUUCAAAGAGUAUUUGUGCAACAUAUUUCUAAUUUCAGCUUUGGCACUUUUCAGUGUAUUAGUGUUAAGCAAGUUACUGAACCUCUCUAAAUCUGAAUUCCCUUUUCUGGAUAUAGCAAUAUUGGGAAGAUCAAAUGAGUUAAACCUUGUAAAGGGUUUACCACCAUUACUCAGUACUAGGAUGGCUAUAAUAAAAAAAGACACAGGGGCACCUGGGUGGCUCAGUUGGUUAAGCACCCAACUCUUGAUCUCAGCUCAGGAACUCGAUCUCAGGGCUGUGAGUUCAAGCCCCACACUGGACUUAAAAAAUUAAAAAAAUUUUAAAAGACACAAGUGUUAACAAGGACAUGGAGAAAUUGGAAACUUCAUAUAUUGCUGGUGGAGGUGUAAAACUGCACAACUAUUUUGUAAAGCCUUUGGGUUAAUUCCUUAAAACAUUAGAUAUAAAGUAAACCACAUGUUCCAGUAACUCCAUUCCUAGGUAUGAGCUCCGGAGAAACAAAAACAUGUUCACAGAAAAGCCUGUACACAAAUAUUCAUAGUGGCAUUAUUCAUAAUAGCCAAAAAGUUGACCCACCCCAAAUGUCCAUUGACUGAUGAAUAAAUAAACAAAAUGUGGUAUCCUUACUGUGGAACAUAAUUCACCCAUAAAAAGGAAUAAAAAGUAUUGAUAUACACCACAACAUGGAUGAACCUUGAAAAUAUUAUGCUAAAUGAAAGAAGCAAGAUACAAAAAGGCUACAUAUUAUGUGAUUCUGUUUGAAUGCAAUAUGCAGAAUAGGCAAUUCCAUAGAGAUAAAAGAAGAUUAGUAUUUGCCAGUGGCUGGUGGGGAGGGAGGUAUAGGAAGUGAUUCCUAAUAGGUAUAGGGUUGCUCUUAGGGUAAAUGUAUGUACUAAAAAACACUCUCAAGGGGUGAGUUUUCUGUUAUAUGAUUUAUACCUCCAUUAAGCUGUUAUAAGAAAAGGGAAGAAGACAUGAGUGCCUCUCCUUUGGAAGCUGAUAACCAAUGAUGCUGAACAUUGCUCUCAGGAAAAACUCUUCAGGUCCCAGAGAAAUGCUUCUCCAGUCACCUUAUGCCCUAAAACCAGACACAAGUGUGCCUAAUGCUGUGAUUGUGGCCAUUACCACUAUCAGAGAUGACCACUGCUUCAGAGUACAGUGAGAUUUUGAAGCACACAAGUGUUUGGUUUGAUAAGAACAUAAAUGAAGCCAUUAACUUGUCAGGUCCUUCCUUUCAGAUGGCAUGAAUGCAAUUCUUAAAUAACAAAGUGUGGUUUCCUUGUAGUGUUGAAUGCUAGUUUUCUCCUUUCUCUUUCUGUUUGUUUGUAGUUGCAGGCGUACUCACACAUUAGCACUGUAUUCAUUACAUUUGCACAUGGAGACACACAUUUGGCAACAUUAAACAAUUCAUAUUACUUUUAAACUUGUAGAUGUGCAGUCUAGAAGUUUGAUAUUGGUUCUGCACAUUACUUCACACUACUUGGUUGUCAUUAUGUUACUUUUAAGAAACGGUUAAAAUUGAUAGUUGUGAUAGUUUAUUUUUUUAAAAUUAAAAUAUUUUCUGCAAUAAUAAUUCAUUAAAUGCAAUCCCAUUACAGUGUUUGAACAGGAUAAGUAAAUUCCAUGGUUUAUUUUCAAAUCUGUCUUUGCAGAGUGAAGCUUUCUCAAAUUGAAAUUAAUAAAAAAAAAAUAUCAAAGAGCUACUCUGACUCAGGAAAGAUGGUCUCAUUUAUUUAUUUAUUUAUUUAGUGUUUAUUAUUUUGAGAGAGAGAUAGACACUAGUGGGGGAGGGGCAGAGAGAAUGAGGGAGACACAGAAUCCAAAGCAGGCUUCAGGCUGUGAGCUAUCAGCACAGAGCCCAACGCAGGGCUCGAACCCAUGAACCGCAAGGUCAUGGCCUGAGCUGAAGUAGGGUGCUUAACUGACUGAGCCACCAGGUGCCCCAGGAUGGUCUCAUUUAGUAUCAUUGUUAAUAGAACACGAACUAUAUGAAAAUCUUGCUUAUAACAACACAGUUUAUGAUUUUACUAAAAAGAAAAUAAGAAAAAAUAGAGUCUUUGAAAUAAAUAUAUAAUAAUUUA